AUGUCCACUUUUACGCGAGCCGAGAUUGCGAAGCACAACAAGGCUUCCGACUGCUGGGUCACAUACAAAGGUCGUGUAUACAAUAUAACCGAGUUCCUCGAGGACCACCCAGGCGGAGAAGAGGUGGUUUUGGAAUAUGCAGGCAAGGAUAUAGCCGAGAUCAUGUCGGACCCGUUGUCGCACGAGCACUCGGCGAGUGCAUACACGAUGCUCGACGAGUUUAGGAUCGGAAAUCUUAACUUAUCUGAGCGACGCGCGCUGGCCGACGAGCUUGAGGUCAAAGCGAGCGGGAAGCUGCCCGCGGAGUUGACAGAGAUGGACAUCACGGACGACUUUGAGCCGGACGAAACCGACACACGCAGGGACUUUACGGAGAACAAGUUUCUGGACCUGGAGCAACCACUGAUUCCCCAAAUGUGGUACUCCUCCUUUACGAAAGAGUUCUACCUGGAGCAGGUGCACAUUCCACGUCACAAGAAGGACUCUGCGCGUCUCAUGCCGUACGCAUUCUUGGAAAUGUUUACUGUGACGCCUUGGUACGUGGUACCGAUGCUCUGGCUUCCGCUUGCCGCGGCCUUCUUCCACGUUUCCACCAUGCAGUUCCGGGAACAGCUGUCUGACCUGGGCAGCUGGAGCGCGAAUGCGUGGUCAUAUACCUUUGCGUUUAGCGGUUACACCUUUGGGAUCAUAUUUUGGACGUUUUUAGAGUACAUUUUCCACCGGUUCCUCUUCCACAUGGACUCGCUUCUCCCGCGGAACCAGACCGCAUACCUUAUUCACUUUUUGCUGCACGGCAUCCACCACUUUUUGCCCAUGGACCGCUACCGAUUGGUCAUGCCGCCGAUUCUCUUUGCGGCACUUUCUUUCCCGAUGCUCUACUUGGCGCACACCGUCUUUCCCAAGGCCGUUGCAAAUUCUGUCAUUGCAGGCUCGUAUUCCAUGUAUGUGGUGUACGACACGAUGCACUAUGCAAUGCACCACACUAAACUUCCCGCCUAUCUGCGCGAGCAAAAGAAGUACCACCUCGAGCACCACUAUAAGAACUACGAGCUUGGAUUCGGUGUCACGAGCAAACUUUGGGACAUUUUCUUUAGCACGCUUUUGUAA